AAUUGAAAAGCCACAUUUGAGAUCAGAACGAAACAUCAAUGAAAUGACAUUAUGUUUGUACUGUAUACAUCGUUCCCCAGAUGAUCUUUCGAUCCUAGAUUCCUCAAUUUCUGUCGACAUCCUGCCAAUUGCGCAUUAAGCCCUAAAACAAUUGUCUGGUCCCGUUCAUCACUCAGGCCAAUUGGUCUUACCCACCAGAUCACAGACAAUGCCUCAAGGCCACAUCGCUCCUUGGAGGACGGAAGCUCAGGGCCACCUUACCCCUGACGCUAACAACGACUUUAAAACCGACUAUUCAAGAUGGCGAUUGCUGGACGACGACGGCCGCCAGACAUGGCACUACCUUGAAUCUGACGAACAAGUUAAAGAAUGGCCCCAAUCAAUCGCAGACAAGUACUUUUUAGGUCUUCCUACGGGUCUUCCAGAGCUGCCCAAGGCAAAGACCCCAAUGCAAUGCGCGGAGAAUGGUCUGGAAUUCUUCUCCAAGCUACAGUUACCCCCAGGGAACUGGGCGUGCGAGUAUGGAGGUCCAAUGUUUUUGCUCCCAGGUCUAAUCAUUACUUAUUAUGUCACCAAUACCCCAAUUCCACCAGAGUAUGCGACUGAAAUCAGAAGGUACCUCUUUGCUCGACAGCAUCCAGAAGAUGGUGGCUGGGGCUUGCAUAUUGAGGCUCAUAGCUCUGUUUUCGGGACUAGCAUGAAUUAUGUUGUGCUUCGCAUUCUUGGCGUCAGCGAGGAAGACCCCAGGAUGAUCAAAGCCCGCGGGCUCUUGCAUAGCUUUGGCGGAGCUAUCUACGGGCCACACUGGGCCAAGUUCUGGCUCAGUGUUCUCGGUGUCAUGGAUUGGGACUGUGUCAACCCCGUGCCUCCGGAGAUAUGGCUCCUCCCUGACUGGGUCCCCUUUGCCCCAUGGCGCUGGUGGAUUCAUAUGCGGCAGGUGUUUUUGCCCAUGUCUUACCUUUGGUCCAAAAAGUUCACCCAUCCUCUUGAUCCCCUUACAAAGCAGUUAAGACAGGAGCUGUACACUCAACCUUAUGACUCGAUCAACUUUGCAAGCCAUCGAAACUCCAUCCACAAAGCCGACAACUACUAUCCCAAGACGUGGGUUUUGAACACCAUUAACUCGCUGCUUGUCAACAUCUGGAACCCCAUUCUUCGAAUUUCGGCUGUUGUUAAGCGCGCAGAAGAUUGGACGUGGGAGCUGAUCCGUAUGGAAGAUGAAAAUACUGAUUACGCCGGCCUUGGUCCAGUCAGCAACCCUAUGAACAUGAUUGCAUGCUAUAUCCAUGAUGGGCCAGAUAGCUACUCAUUUCGACGUCAUCAGGAGCGCUUGCAUGACUACAUGUGGAUAAAGGACGAGGGCAUGCUGAUGAAUGGCACCAACGGUGUUCAGGUCUGGGACACUGCUUUUAUCACCCAAGCCAUUGUUGUGGCUGGGUUUGCAGAUGACCCCAAAUGGCGGCCAAUGCUCACCAAAGCUCUGGAGUUCCUUGAUAACCACCAGCUCCGGGAAAAUGUCCCUGACCAGGAAAAGUGUUAUCGCCAGCAUCGAAAAGGCGCAUGGCCUUUUAGCAACAAGACCCAAGGAUAUACCGUUAGUGACUGCACCGCCGAGGGGCUGCGGUCAGCAAUCCAACUUCAAGAGAUGCACGAUUUCCCAGCCUUGAUCUCGGAAGAACGCCUCAAGGACAGUGUCGAUUGCUUGCUUCUCAUGCAAAACCCUUCUGGUGGUUUUACCGAGUAUGAGACUACGCGUGGCUCUCCAAAGAUCGAAUGGCUCAAUGCCGCCGAGGUGUUUGGUGGCAUCAUGAUUGGCUACGACUAUCCCGAAUGCACCACUGCAUCGGUCACGGCACUAUCACUAUUUAGUAAAUACUAUCCCAAAUACCGCGCCGACGAAAUCAGAGCAGCAAAGGAAAGAGCCGUGCAAUACAUCAAGCGUGUUCAAAGACCCGAUGGUAGCUGGUAUGGGUCAUGGGGCAUUUGCUUCACUUACGCCGCCUUGUUCGCCCUUGAGAGUCUUGGGAGCAUUGGAGAGACGUAUGAGACGAGCUCAUACUCUCGUCGGGCCUGCGAAUUCCUUAUCGAGAAACAAAAAGAAGACGGCGGCUGGGGAGAAUCGUACCUCAGCAGCGAAAGACAUGAGUAUGUUCAGCACGAGAAGUCCCAAGUAUGCCAAACAGCGUGGGCAUGUAUUGCCCUGAUGGAGGCAAAGUAUCCACACAAAGAGCCUCUCGAGAGAGCGAUGAAACUCAUGAUGUCCCGGCAGCAACCCAACGGCGAAUGGUUGCAGGAGGCCAUUGAGGGCGUGUUUAACCAGUCUUGCAUGAUCUCGUACCCUAAUUACAAGUUCUACUGGCCCAUUCGCGCUCUCGGUCUCUACGCCAAGAAAUUUGGAAAUGAAGAGCUGCUAUAGAUCUGGCGGUUUCUUUGUACUCGUAUGCAUUUCGGGCCUGUCUAUGGAUGGAUAAUAAUAGCCGGGCACACAAGCCUGGUCCAGCCAUGUAUUAUAAUGAGAUAACAUGUAAUAUACCUAAUCAAUACACGAUCUUAUCAAAGAAAUGCCCCAGAAACAGUGGAGUCGGCC